AUGCCCGCCCAUCAAAACACUUCCGGUUCGGCAAGGUCGAGAGUAAAAAGUGCCCGAUCGAACACGUCAUGGAAACGAAACCAACAGGACAAUGUUGAUGAUAAGGACACCAAAAGAAAUGUGCGGACAACGGAUAAAAAACUCCGAAAGACUCCGAAGGCCACUGAACUUAUUGAGGUCCCGAACACAUUGAACAAAGAACCAAUACAGGACGUGAACGAUCCCGAGGAGAAAGCACUUCAGAACAUGGCGGAACAUUUAAGGGAUUACAGUCGACAGCGACUUCGGGCGGUACACAUGAGUCUCCGUCACUAUAGCAACGUAGAAUUGAGGGUGUCACAGAAGGACCUCGGUCAAGCAUUUCAGGAGAACCAUGUGAAACUGUCUAAUCGAGUGGUACAACUGCUGCUAGAGAGAUUCGAGGACCAACAUGGCGUCGACUUUGAGAAGAUGUACCGUUACCUUACAGAUGCGCAUACUCGCUCAGGUAGGGAUAGUGUGAUGGCGUUACAAAGCAGAAACGAUUUGAUUCCAAGACCGGAAAUGACAUCAGAAGAGAAGGACAAUGACCUUUUGGCGCGGUUGGAGGACCUUCUUGUGCGGAGUAAUACAUUUUUUGACCUACCUGAGCUACGGGAGGCCUUUCAGUACAAGGAUCGCGAUAAGACUGGACGGAUCGAGAAGUCGGAGAUGUUUGACAUCUGUGGACGGAGAAACGUACCCGUGUAUGGCGCAUUACUGAAGGCACUGGUCAAGCGUUGUGACGGCGAUAACAAUGGCAUGGUAAGUUGGCCGGAAUUCCUUAGUUUCCUGGAAAAAGCACAAGAAACAACAUGGAAGAAACACCCGGAAAUGGCAGAGUUACCGGAACAAGCAAAGAAAGCUCAGAUCCAAGCAGACCCCAUUGUUGAGCUCUCAGAGGAGACAAAGUCCAAACUGAUCGGCAAGCUCUUAAGCAAAAAGGCGUCCCUUUCAAAAGUGCGGAACGCAAAAAAGAAAGAAGAAAGUCAGGCUAAUGCCAAAGAGCAAGUAAAGGACACCGACAAGAAACCGGAAAUAAAGAAACCGGAAAUAAAGAAGGACGCCAUAAGUGAGGAACCGGACAAAAAGCAAGAGAAGACGAGUACCGAGAAAGUAGUAAACCAAGAGCAGACGAAAACAGAAGACCGACCGAAUCCACAGGAGGAAGUCCUUCCUAAAAGUAAAACGGAAGAAUUGCCUCGCAAUGAAAUCAAAGCUGGAGAUACUGUAAAACCGGAAGUAACAAACCAGUCACAAGCUGAGAGCACUGUAAAAACCGAAGAUAAAGCUACGGCGGUGUCAAGUGAUGCAAAGGCACAAAAACACACAGAAAGUAAAAAGAAAGUGGAAACAGAAAAUAAAACAGCGCCCGCUGAGGCGAAUCAAGAGUCUCCCGAACCAGUAUCGAAAAAGGAAGACGACUCCAAACAGGUCACAGAAAAAAAAGAUCAACCCAACCAUGUGACGGAGGAGGACAAAGAUGGCAUGUUAUGUAUCAAACGUGGGGACCAGACCAUCAAACUCCCUAAACCUGCUAACUACGACCAGUUAGAAUCAACUCUAGACCCUCCACAGGAACGCCUCACCCUCGACUGGGUGUAUGGUUACCGUGGUAACGACUGCAGGUCCAACAUUCACGUAUUGGGAAAUGAUGAUGUUGUGUAUUUUGUGUCCAAGAUCGCGGUGCUCUACGACCGAACCAGCCACAGACAGCGACACUACAGGGAACACACAGAAGACAUCAAAUGCGUUGCCGUACAUUCUAACUUAUCUAUGGUGGCCUCGGGACAAUUUGCUGGGAAGGAUAACAUCAGUGCACACAUCCGGAUAUGGCGGGUGGACAAUCUACAGACUAUGUGUGUACUGGGGGAGGGCAUGUUUAAAAAGGCGGUCAUGUCUCUUUCGUUCGCAAACGGACAGGACAUGCUGGCAGCCGUGGACAAUAGUUUAGAGAAGAAACUAACACUGUGGGACGGUGGAUCAGGAACACUGAUUGCAGAAACAAUGAUAAACACAGAUGUUAUUUGCGACAUUCAUUUCAACCCGAAGUAUACUGAUUUAUUGGUGUCUACAGGGAAGGAACACAUUGCUUGGUGGAAGGUUUACCGGAAUAGUGGUACCAUACAAUCUGUGGCACAACCAGAGUAUGAGACAUACCUACGGGCGAAGUUUGUAAUUUGUCUCACCCAUAACGACAAAGGCGAUCUUAUUACUGGUGAUUCAAAUGGCACGAUAUACGUCUGGGGCGACGGAGGCAACAAAAUCACCAAUUUCAUCAAGCAUGCGCACGACGGGCCGGUAUUUACUCUGCUGUACUCCAAAGGCCUUUUACUGUCCGGUGGCCGUGAUGGUAUGGUCUAUUGUUGGACUUGGAAUAAGAACAUGGACCAAUCGGGAUCUUUACAGAUCCCCCGGUCAGAAGGCGGAGUGAGGAUGGUACAAAUUCACAAUGAGACUCUACUGAUAGGAACUACCAUGAACUCCAUGUUGUCGUCCUUCUUCCCUGCCAGUAAACAAUCGCCAAUGACUGACGUCACACUUGACGCGAUACCAAUUACACAGGGACAUUUUGACGACCUACGUGGGAUUGCGUGUGUUCCGGCGUCUGAAGUAGGAGGUGAUUUCGUCACAGCUGGUCUGGAUGGUAUUAUAUGUUGGUUUGAUUCCAAUAGGCGGGAUCCGGUCUGUAAAUUAGUAUUAAAGGGUCAGCAGUUUCUGUGUAUCGACAGUAAUCCGUCCGGAAAACUGAUCGCCCUUGGGACAAAGGACGGACAUGUGAUUUUGAUUAAGAUUGAGGGAGAGAGCAGUUCUGAUGCUUUCAACAAGAAGAUCUGCAAGGACCGUAUCGACACAAUUAACUUCUCGCCAGAUUACCAGACUGUAGCGGCUGGCAGUCAUGACCAAAGCGUUUAUGUGUUCUCUGUGCAACAGAAAGACGAUGGCUCUACUCCCUGGGAAUUCGUCGGGAAGUUUAAUGGGCAUAAUGGACCUGUUAACGGACUAGAUUUUUCAUGUGAGAAGCAGAGCGGGUCCUACCUUGUCAAAAGCUGUUCUACGAAACCCGAUAUCCAAUACUGGCGUCUGGAUGACCAAACGUCAAUGGCAGAUUGUGACAGUACGUCCAUUCAAUGGUCAACUCAUCAUUGUAAACUGGACAGCCACGUGUACGGCCUGUGGUGGUCCAAGCAGGCACAAGAAAACGAUGUCAACUGCAUAGACGUCAACAGCUCAGGGAAUCUGGUUGCUAUGGGCGACAGCAAUGGAUAUCUUAGCCUCUUCCGGUAUCCUUGCACUAAAAGAGGGGCAUUCUGUCACACAUACAAGAGCCAUACAUCCAUACAGAAAGUCCUUUUUGUAUACGGGAAAAUAUUUGUUGUCACUAUUGGAGGAAACGAUUCAUGUAUUCUACAAUGGCGAAUCGUGUGA